CAGGAAGCAGCUACUCGCAGCGAUGUCUCCCUCCGCCAUCCGUACGAUCAGUCCGCAGUCCGGUGUCGCUGGGAGGAAAAUGCCGUGCGGCCUGUGGAAAGAGACCCUGGCCGUGGCAGAGGACUACCUGUCGGUGUGCAGCUGGGGCCCGCGGGGGGCCCCUCCGCCGCCUCCCGGCCCGGCCGCCGCCACCAUGCGGCGCCUGGCGCAGGACAUGGAGCGCCAGCACCAGGCCAGCUUCCUGUCCAUCUGCCAGACCUUCCUCACGCACGGCGGGCCCGACCUCUGCUCCAGCCUGAGGAAGGUGAUGGAGGAGAUGGUGGGCGAUGGACACUUGAACUGGGGCAGAGUGGUGUCUCUGUUCACCUUCACCGGGCUCUUGGUCCGACUCCUGCGGGAGCAGAAGAAACCGGGGCUGGUCCUCGGGCAGGAAGCUUCCAUCCAUCAGGGACUGGCUGAGACCAUAGCAGACUACUUGGGCGAGGAGAAGAAGGACUGGCUGCUGGAGAACGAUGGCUGGGAGGGGUUCUGUAAGUUCAGCCAGGUCCAGAGCGUCAGUCUGGAGUCCUCGGUGAAGACAGCGCUGUUUGCCGCCGCGGGCGUCGGCCUCGCCGGACUCACCUUCCUGCUGGUGCGCUAGCGCGGCGCGCCACUCUCCACUUCACGUCGGUGCGAUGUUUGACUGGUCCCCAGCGGCCGCCGCCGCCGGCACUUCAGGGCUGAAUGUUUACACUCCUGACACGUUUGGUCACUUUGCUCCUUACGAUUGUACCGAUCAUCUCAAUGCCUUCAGAAAUUGGGGAGCGAGUGACGUCGCCUGGUUCCUUCUCUCAAAUGUGCAGCUGCGACCACGAGGUGGAAGAUGCUCUCCUUGUUUUGAUUCAUCUGCCUCUCCGUCUCGUGCGUCGCCCGCGCUUUCGCCGCCUUCUCCUGUACAAUCGACAAAGUAAUAUAUUAUAUUUAUGAGGAGGAGAGCGCCACCUGGCCAGCGGCGCGCUCCUCGCCCCUCACCUCGCCUGCAGCGAUGUUGCGGUCAGCUGAGCUGAACCGCAGUUUCCCAGGGACCAACUUCAACUGUUGAACGAAACAAGCGCUCCCGACAGACGUUCUAUUUUUACAUUUUGGUUUAUUUAUUUCCUCGCUGUUUUGUAAUAAAAGUUGGAUCAGAUGAAAACCUGAGUGCGAGUCUGUGUCGUGGACGAUUGAGUCGCCCCGAGCCGCCCUCGUGUGUGUGUGUGUGUGAGACUCGGAAGUGAGACACACACUCGAGUCGCUGGUGGA